AUGACUUAAUUGAUUUAUCAUGAUAUUUUUUUAAAAGUAUAAAAAAGCUUCUGUUUAAGCGGAUUCUUAGCUCGAAUCUGGAUUCGUGGUCGUCAAGAGUUCGAGCCCGUACAAGAGCCGUACAAGAGCAGCAAAGCAAUAGAAGAACCGACAAAUAAAAUCCUGCAAAUACGAGAUGAAAUAUCUUGCAGUUCUCGUUCUUUUCUUACUGAGUUGUGGACCUCUAGUGCGAGGUGAAGCUGAGAAACCAGACGAUGAAGAAAUUAUUGACGAUGAAGCUGUUGUGAACAACAAAAGGCUUGUCAGCCCCAUAACAAAGAUCUCCAUUCCAUUGAUCAUCGAUUCAAAUGAUCCUGUCAACUUACGUAGCCGUUACUGCUACUGCUUCCAACUCCGAUGCAAAGUUCCUGGAAUGGAGAAUGGAGUAAAGGGAUGGUCAGUCGAGGACAAACAAGGAUAUGUAGUGGUCUCCGGGAAGCUUUACCGCUUUACUCGAUGUGAUGUUUCUCGAUAUAGAAAAGGCCGCUAAGUAUGGCCGUAGAUAAUGAAAGUACAUGCAACCGGUACAUCUUCAGACCUCUACUCUCUAGAAUUUCGAUACUUUAGUCAUCAAAAAAAUUAUAAAUAACAAUAGGGAAUUGACCACUUUAGAAACGAGCAUGAGACUGGGGCGAGUUUUGAAUUUUGAUAUAUUAUUAGAAUUUUUUUUGUCAUUUGAUAAAGCAUCUCCACAUUAGUACGUCUGGCAAAUUUGAACAUGAUUGGAUGAAAAGAACCAGAAUUAUUGGCUUUGAAAAGUGUUGAAAAUUUACAAAGAAUGUAUGGUUAGGGGACAACAUACCUUCUUUGUAAAUUUUUCCGAGAUUUUUGAAGGCUUGUAACUAGCUGGUUCUCUUUAUCCAAUCGUGUUCAACUUUCACAGACUUACUAAUAUUGAGAUGCUAUAUCAAAUGAGAUUAAAAUUCAAAACUCGUCCCAGUCUUUUGCUCCUUUCUAAAGUGGCCAAUUGAUUGUUUUUUCAAUCAUUCCCAAUAGAUUAAAGAGACAAAGAGCUGGCGGCCAUGUUGGGGGUAUGUGAUAAAUAUGUUGUUAGGUACCGCCAACAUGGCGGCCAUGACAUAACUUGCGAAGGAAGAAUAGUUAAAUGCUAAGUAAUGUAGUCAAUAAAAUGCAACUUAUUUUUA